AUGCCGCAUGUUUCCGACUUCUCAUUUCUAGGCCUGCUUCUCACAGCUCUCGCUCUCUACGCCACUUUCGUAGCAUACGAUGUGUUCUUCGGUCCCCUUUCUCACAUACCAGGAUCGAAGUUUGCAGCAGCUUCGCAUCUACCGAAGGUGAUAGGUCUUUGGACAGGCUUCGACGUACACAAGAUACUCGAAUUGCACGAAAGAUACGGUCCGGUCGUGAGGACCGCUCCUCGUCAAGUCAGCUACACCGAUGCUUCUGCCUGGAAGACCAUCUAUGGUCACAAGACUGGUGGUAAGACUAGGACUUUCGAGAAAGAUCCAAAGUUCUAUAUCACAGAUCCCACGGCAACAAGGCAUAUCGUCAUCGCCGACGACGCAAGCCAUACUCGACAGCGUCGUAUCCUUGCAAACAGUUUCUCCGACAAGGCACUACGAGACCAGGAGCCCUUGCUCAAGCGAUGGGCGGGUUACAUGGUCUCGAAGUUGAAGGAAGCCACGGCUGCUGGUGAGGCGGUUGACAUGGUUGCUUACUACAAUUUUACCACAUUUGAUGUCAUGUCGGAUCUUACCUUUGGCGAACCACUGUACAUGCUGGAAAAUGAGGAGUACGCUCCUUCCGUGCGAUUGAUCUUCGAUAGCAUUAAAAACAUCGGCAAAUUUGUAGCGCUCGGCCAACUGCCAUUCAUGUCUUGGUUGCUUCUAAAACUCAUCCCGGCAUCUCUGCGCCGCAAACAGAGAGAAAACGAAAAGUUUGCUUCUGAUCGAGUCGACCGCCGACUAGCUCGCGAUCCUGGCCGACCAGAUCUUUGGACUGAGAUUUUGAGACGAUCAGAUGAUGGUAAGGGAGACGCUACAGCAGGCAUGUCGCUCGAAGAAAUGCACGGCAAUGCCACCGUCUUCAUGAACGCAGGCACAGAAACCACUGCAACACUGCUCUCGGGACUCACCUACUAUCUCCUGACCAACCCAGAUAAAAUGGCCAAGCUUGUGUCAGAAGUCCGCGGUGCCUUUCCCUCCGAAACCGACAUCACCAUCGACGCACUGGCAAAACUGCCCUACCUCAACGCCUGCAUCGAAGAAGGCCUCCGCAUGUACCCACCAAUUUCCUCUGGCCUCCCACGCCUCACCCCCGAAGGCGGCGCGGUAAUCGCAAACAAAUACAUCCCCGCCAACGUCUCAGUCUCCGUAAACCACUGGGCAACCUACCAAAGCACAGCCAACUUCCUCAACCCUUCGCAGUUCGUUCCCGAGCGCUUCUUAGGAGAUCCAGAAUAUGCGAACGACAAUUUUGGAGCUUUGCAACCGUUUAGUGUGGGUCCUAGAAAUUGUAUUGGCAAGAAUUUGGCGUAUCAUGAGAUGAGGUUGUUGUUGACGAUGGUGCUGGUGAGUUUUGAUCUGGAGUUGCAGGAGGAGAGUAAAGGGUGGAAAGAUCAGAAGGUUUUUAUCUUUUGGGAUAAGAGGCCGUUAAUGGUGAAGUUGAAGGCUUUGGGAUAA